GUGUCUCUCCGGAAGAGCAGCGAGUAAGGCGACAGCGACAUGGCACCUCCAGCCCCCGGCUCGGCCCCUGGCAACUCCGGGGAGGUGGACGAAUUGUUCGACGUGAAGAAUGCCUUCUACAUCGGCAGCUACCAGCAGUGUAUCAACGAGGCGCAGCGGGUGAAGCUGUCUAGCGCAGAGAGGGAAGUGGAGCGGGACGUCUUCCUGUACAGAGCAUACCUUGCACAGAGGAAGUAUGGCGUGGUGCUGGAUGAGAUCAGGCCCUCCUCAGCCCCGGAGCUCCAGGCCGUGCGCAUGUUUGCCGAAUACCUGGCCAAUGAGGCCCGCAGGGACGCUGUCGUGACUGAGCUGGACCGCGAGAUGAGCAGAAGCGUGGAUGUGGCCAACACUACCUUCCUGCUCAUGGCCGCGUCCAUUUACUUCCACGACCAGAACCUGGAUGCAGCCCUUCGCACCCUGCACCAGGGCGACAGCCUGGAGUGCAUGGCCAUGACUGUGCAGACCCUGCUUAAGCUGGACCGCCUGGACCUGGCCCGGAAGGAGCUGAAGAAGAUGCAGGACCAGGAUGAGGAUGCCACGCUCACCCAGCUGGCCACUGCCUGGGUGCACCUGGCCGUGGGUGGUGAGAAGCUGCAGGAUGCUUACUACAUCUUCCAGGAGCUGGCGGACAAGUGCUCGGCCACGCUGCUGCUGCUCACGGGCCAGGCGGCCUGCCACAUGGCGCAGGGCCGCUGGGAAGCAGCAGAGGCGGUGCUGCAAGAGGCGCUGGACAAGGACAGCAGCCACCCCGAGACGCUGGUCAAUCUCCUCGUCCUGUCACAGCACCUGGGCAAGCCCCCAGAGGUGACAAACCGCUACCUGUCACAGCUGAAGGACGCUCACGGGUCUCACCCCUUCAUCCAGGAGUACCAGGUCAAGGAGAACGACUUCGACCGCCUGGUGCUGCAGUACGCGCCCAGUGCCUGAUGGCCACAGGACCCCCGAGCCAGGGCCCCACCACCCUGACUGGGCCCUCCCCACACUCAAUCACUUCUCUGCCAAUAAAUGUGUUGCCUGUUGU